AUGGCAGAUGAAUCAUCGAAUAACAUUAAUGUAUCUUCAUUAGAUGAGAGUGUCAUUAAUUUGAAUGAUGACCUUCCAAUGGAGUCGUCAGAACACUCGUUCAGCUCAAUUGACCAACCUUCAUCAGCUAGCACCCAUCAACGCUUAUCUCAUUCACAUAGAAGAACUGGCUCUUUGACUUCAUACAGAAGAAGCAUAGACAAUGAAAGUGUUGUACUGUUGGGAACUUUUUUCAAUGCCGAUGAUAAAGCGGCGGUUUAUUCACCAUUGGGACCAAAUUCAAUAUAUGAAUUGACCGUGGGGUCUGACCAGGCUAGAAGUAGAAAGAAUCGAGCACCAAGGAAUUCAGUGAAAUUAAACGGUGGGACGACUCUUCUAUCUAAUUUGAAUACACCAACUUCUCAAGAUAUCCCACAAAUACAACUAGAGAGAUUGAAGAAGAAAGUUUCGAACCGGCUGAUAGAAACACGAUUUGUUGAUGAUAUCCUUGAUGAAUACAAAAAGUUUGAGGAUAGUUAUAAAGCAUUAACAGAGGAGUCAUUGAGGAAGUUGUCCAAGUCGAACAAUAGUACAGUUUCUGCAUUCUCCUCCGCGGAACAAAUAGAUAUGAGCCACCUGCUAUCAAAUGUGCCAGAAGUGUUUCUAGACCCUGAUUUCAAACUCGAUGAUCCAAGGACAUUCAAAAAAGUGUUGGAAAAUACGAACCUUAAGUUAGAAGAAGACCAUAUUAUUAAUGAUACUGGGUUACAAGAAAAAUUCUCAAAUUACCUAGACAUUGUUGAAAUAAAUUUAAUAUCAGAGAUUGAAAAAUCAUCGGACUCAUUCUUUGAUGCAAUUGGAGAUAUUGAAAAAAUCCAAACAAAAUCAGAACAUUGUGUGCAAGAUUUCAACAAAUUGAUGCUGAAACUUGAUUUACUUGAGAAAAACCAAGCCAAGAAAGGAUUGAAGAUACUUGAACUGAUGCUUCGAAAACAAAACGUAGAGGCGUUGGAGAGGGCAACCAUUCAACUUCAAUACAUCACGACCAUAUUUCAAUUAGCCAAUAUAUCCUUCCGUGAGAACAACUACUUCAAGUGCUUGAAUGAAAUUGUUGCAACAGAGAUUAUGAUUGCUGGUGUGGAGUUUGAAAAUGUGGAGGAUCCAGAUAUAAGGCGAAUUUACCCACACAUAAAUGUAUCUAAUUUAAGCAACGUCCCGGCGUUAAUUCAUUUGCGGAACGAUCUACAAACGCUAAAGACGGACUGCUCAAAGAAAUUCACCGAUGACUUUGUUGAACUUCUUUUGAAUGAUCUUAAAUCACAUUACGAGAAUGUUCCAUCGAGGGACACACUAAAUAGAAUGUAUUCAAAGAUGGACACUUCUAGGAAAUAUGCAUCCAGGCCCAUCAACACAUCUUAUCUUGAUCUAGAUGAUAGCUUGAAACAAAAUUUGAGAGAAUAUGUGGGAUAUUUGGCUAAAUCUGGUCAACUAGUCAACGCAUACACGGUUUAUCAAAACCAGUUUAUUGGAGAGAUCAAAAAUAUUAUCAAGCAGAAUCUUCCAACUCAAAAGCCAGAAGAAUUUUCACAAACUUCAACUGAAAGCUCACCUGCCCCUAAUCAGAUUGAAAAUAAAUCCAAUCAACUCAGUGCCAAUAUCAAAAUCCUCACACCAAAGGAAUUUGAGAGUAUGCUUGCAGAGACGUUUGCACAGUUAUCUGAAUGUUUGCGUAGGUUAUCAGUGCAUCAAAAACUUUUGCUUGAUGUUGCACUAACAAGCAUCCCACCUACUUCUGAUGUCAAUAUUAUGUCUUUGGAUAUCACCAAAGCUAUUCACAAAGCAAUUGAGUUAACUCAAAUUCGGUUAAUGAAGGUGAUGAAUGUGCGUCAAGAGCAAAUUACUGAUUUACCGCUUCCACUUUACCUUCGUCUAUAUUCAAUCACAUCAGCGUACUUGAACGAAUGUGAAAUGAUAAAUCCAGCGUUUGAGUUUACUGGAGCUGGAAAUGUCUUGAAAGAGUGGUUUCCCAACAAAUUGGUUUAUUACAUACAUAGACUACAUAAUAACCUUUCCAGGCUGGCUGCGAAGAGCUGCAUGAGUGAAACUUGGAAGGUUACGGAUGACGCUAAAGCCUUGCAACCGGCUCAAACUGCCUUAAAUGAGGUUAUAGGCUAUACGGAAUUUAUUCAAUCAAGUGGAGAAAAAGGCUUUUCAGGAUCUCAAUGGCUAUCAUCUAUGGACUUUUAUGAUAACGGAGCACCCGAAGCAGCUCAGUAUAAAGAGGGGUUUUCAGCCACCAAGUUGGACAUCUAUGGAGAUGAAUUCAUGGUUCCCAAUUUGGCUGUCGUUGUUCUGGGUCAUGUUAAAGAGUAUUUGGCUGCAUCUAAAGCUUUUCCUAACCAUUCUCUCACGAUUGAAAGUAACCUUUUGAUCUACUUCCGCGACUUGAAUUCAAGAGUCUCACAAGCAGUGUUGGGAGCUGGUGCUACAAGGACUGCAGGCUUAAAACACAUCACAACAAAGCAUUUAGCACUUUGUACUCGAUUCAUUGAAUUCAAUGUUGCGUUACUUAGUGUUGUACAAGGUGGCUUCAAAGAAGCACCUGAACAGAAUGAGCAAUUGACAUUCAAGAAGAUGGUUGCAGACUACAAGAGUCAUGAAACUGAAUUGUUUGCCAAGGUUAUUACUAUAAUGGAAGAAAGGACGGUUUUGAGUUGUAAUAAGUUGCCAGAGAUAAAUUGGGCCGAACCGGUUAAGCACCCCCAGCAGUGCCAUAGCUACAUGGAGAGUCUUGUGAGGGAUACUUUGACUGUUUCCAAGGUCUUGAUGAGAUAUUUACCGGAAGCAAAGUAUUCGAUAAUUCUUCUGCGUAUUUUUGACAAUUACAAACGUCUUUUCGUGGAAACGUACUGUACAAGACUCCCACCAUUUAAAGAUUUUAACGAGAAACACAAUGUACUUCGAGAUGUUGAUUAUUUUAGAGUCAAGUUGAGUGAUAUAUCAGGGUAUAAAAAUUCUGGUCAAGUGAUUUGGGAAAAUGUCAACCUGAUGCCUACCGAAGAGGAUACAAAGAUGGAUGAAGUAAUGCGUAACAAUUCAACUGUGGAGACGAAGCGAGAAGAGCCAGCUGUUAAGCUGAAGAAUACGUUUGAGCGACUUGUUUCUUCUGCAAGAAGCUCGUUAGAAAGAAGUCCAGCUCCAAAACAGGAAACUUCCCUUGAACCUACACAUUCAAGCAAUAGUAUCAAGGAAGAAGACGAAGAAGCUAAUGCAACUACUUCAGAAGAGGUUCAAAAUCAAAAUAACAAAAAGAAGUUUCCCGAUGAUUCAAAUGUAUUGUUUGAUGCUGAGGUUGUAGAUGAAGAAGAGGCAAAAGAAGAGUCUCCAGCAGAUAUAAGUAUUAGCAAAGAACGAGUGGACUCAAACACAGACAAACAAGUAGAAGCAGGUGGAGAAUUAGAGAAAGAAAAGAAUGAAGUUGAUGAUGCGAAGGAGACAGACACCGCAGUUGAGAGACCAGAGGAAGAUAAAGACAUUGAGAAGGCUGCCGAAAUGGAUGGCACUCAAAAGGAAGCCAAAGCUGAAGAAUCCACAAUAAAUUCGAAAAAUAUGGCUUUAACGGAACACCCUAAUAUUGAAAAGACGGCAAAAGAUAUUGGUGAUGCACCCAAGGAUACUAGUAUCUCAAAAGAUUCACAAGAAACAGACACGGAGUCCCAAUCAACCGCAGUUCAAGAUCUGAGCACGAAGGAUUAUGAUGCGGAGGCAAAGAAAAAACAAGAAUUUACCACAGAUGAAGCUUCUUCUUUGACCGAAUCAGUUAUUGCCAAUGGAUCUACCAAGAAAAGUGAAUCAACUACAUCAGAGUUGAGAGAUCUUACAAACAUUGCACUUAGUAACGACGUUGAUAGUGAGCCUGAACCCCAAGAAAAGCGAGCUGAUGAUGCUGAGGUGAUUGACGAGAAAAAACCUGAACAAAGAGAACUCAAUAAUGAUGACCAACCUGCAAAGGAUGAGAAAUCUGUAGAGACAGUGCAAGAAAAAGAUGAACCUGCAAAGACUGGAUCAACACAAAAGGAACCCGAAAAGAAAGAAUUCGAACAAGAAUCGUUGAAGGAAGCCGAUGUGAUACUGGAAGAUCCACCUUCUAAAGUUGAUACAAACGUAGAUAAAGCUGAUAGCGAAUUCACAGAGGAAAAAAAAUCCGCCACUGACUUACUGACAAAUAAAGAGAGUGAUAAGACAAAGCUUCCUAACAGUAAACCAAUGACGGAGGACAAACAAUCUGACAAGUCAUCAAACAAGACCAAGAACCAAAAGAAAAAGAACAAGAAGAACAAGAAGAAGAAAAAUUGA